AUGAAAAUAAACGAUCUCACACAUUUUUCUGCGUGUUUCGAAAUAAAUCAAGAAGAUUUCUCGAGGUUUGCAAAAGUUCUUACAGAAAUAAAAAGAGAAUUGGAUGAAAGAUUUUCUGAAUUUGAUGCCCUAAAACCAGAUCUUGAGCUUUUUAACAAUCCAAUGGGAGUCAACAUCCAGAACCAAUCAGCAGAAUACCAAUUAGAGCUGUGCGAACUACAGUCCGAUUCGUUUUUUCAAGCAAAGAAAAAUGAAGGCAUUAGUACCUUUUGGAAGUUAGUCUCCAAGGAUCGUUUUCCUAAACUUCGUAACUUUGCAUUGAAACUAUAUUCAAUGUUUGGUAGUACGUAUAUAUGUGAAAGUACAUUUUCUGCUUUGAAGCAUAUUAAAUGUGAAAUACGUAAUCGCAUGGAAAACGAUUCUCUGGAAGCGUGUAUUAGACUCACUACGACUGGCAUAGAUACAGAUGUGCAAAAAUUAGUAGAGGAUAUACGCUUGCCUCAAAUAUCCCAUUGA